CACAUAACAAGUUUGACUGUUAUCAGCCAGUAGUUGAUAAACUUCAGAAUUUACCAGCAGACUAUUUACAGUGUAUAUUAAUAUAUAAGAAUUUAUUUUAGUAAUUAACGUAAAAAUAAAACAUACAUAUUUAAAAUGUUGAAGGCUGUGAUUCUUAUAGGUGGACCACAAAAAGGUACAAGAUUCCGUCCUCUAUCUUUAGACACACCUAAACCUUUAUUCCCUAUAGCUGGCCUUCCUUUGAUCCAGCACCAUAUUGCCGCUUGUGUAAAGCUUGGAGAAUGCAAAGAGGUUCUUAUAAUAGGAUCAUACACCACAACUACCAUGGCCCAAUUUGUUAGUGACAUGCAAAAGGAAUACAAAAUAAUUAUAAGAUAUCUUCAAGAAUUCACUCCGCUGGGCACUGGCGGUGGUUUGUACCACUUCAGAGAUCAAAUCCGUGCGGGCAAUCCGACGGCAUUCUUUCUAUUGAAUGGUGAUGUGUGUGCUGACUUCCCUCUCAAAGAACUGUGGACCUUCCAUGAGAAAACAUCACAAUCGUUGAUAACAAUUAUGGGCACUGAAGCUACGCGACAGCAGUCAGUUCACUACGGCUGUAUAGUUCGAGAGCCAACCAGCAAUUCGGUCACACAUUAUGUUGAAAAACCAAAUAGUUAUAUAUCUACAUUGAUCAAUUGUGGGGUGUAUGUGUGUUCGUUGCAAAUUUUCCACACCAUGGCCGAUGCAUUUCAAAGGAAACAGGAGGGAUUUUAUAGUGGCAAUGGUCAAAAUGGUUCACACCCCGGUUAUAUGUCCUGGGAACAAGAUGUGCUAGCGCCUUUAGCAGGGACAAACAAGGUGUACGCUCUGCAGGUGACCAAUUGGUGGUCGCAGGUCAAGACAGCUGGUUCAGCGAUCUACGCGAACAGACAUUACCUGGAACUUCAUCCAUCAACACCUGCAACCACUUGUCACAUAAUACCAGAUGUAUACAUACAUCCGACCGCGACAGUACAUAGCAGCGCUGUUAUAGGACCGAACGUGUCUAUUGGUGCGGGGGUCACCAUAGAGGCGGGGGUUCGAAUAAAAGAGUCCAUCGUUCUUAACAACGCGACUGUACACGAACACGCGCUUGUUAUGUAUACUGUUGUCGGUCAAGAGGCGUCAGUGGGUGAAUGGUCCAGGGUUGAAGGCACGCCUUCAGACCCGGACCCCAACAAACCCUUUGCCAAAAUGGACAAUACUCCGUUAUUCAACAGCGACGGAAGACUUAACCCCUCGAUAACUAUACUUGGGGCGGGUGUGGUGGUGCCGGAUGAGAUGAUUCUUCUUAAUUCCAUAGUACUACCGCACAAACACCUGACGAGGAGCUUUAAACAUGAGAUCAUAUUAUAGUGUUUGAUAUGUAUAGACAGAACGGUUGAAUUAAAUAUAAAUAUAUUGUAUGACCAAGUGUGAAUGUCAUUUCUAUAAAUUUAAAAUCCUUAUGCUUAAAUUAAAAGUAAUUUUUUUUAUAAUAAUUUUGUAUGUCUUUAUAGUCUGUUUCCGAGUGUAGCUGUGUUGAAAGUUACAUCAAAACCUGUCUAUCGGUUCAUGAACUCACAGGCAUGUACCAAAUUGUUUUCAUGAUGUGUAUAAAUUAAUUUAAGCGAUAACUUUUGGUUAUCAUUCGUGUACAUUGCAUAAAUUUAGCUUCUCACUUUGUUUAUGGCUUGUCAUAGACAAUUGUGAUUUAAGAAGGUAUUGAAUAAAAUAUUUAAGCCCAA